CCUGGAGCCCUAUGCUCUGGUCCAUGCUCUGCCUCCCCAUGCUCUGCGUGGGGGCAACCAACCCCCCCAGCCCUGUAGUCUCGACAGAGUAAUUGGGCAAAACCGGGCGUUGUGAAACCUGGAAAUCCCACUCUGACGGCGCUUCCUUCUAGAGGCUCUUGAAAACCAGCCACACUGACGCCGGGCUCAGAGAGCAGCCAAGCAGCACUGCAGACAGGACAGGCAGGAGCAGGCAGCCAAGUGCCUCAGAAGUUUGCAGGUACUGUGAAGCCUCUGCCCAGAACUCUGCAGUCAGUGGCGGCAAUGGCAUCUGUCCCUGAUUUGGACACACUGGAGAGCAGCAGCCUGAAUGAGGAGACGCUGUAUGGCCCCAAUUGUGUCUGCCCACAGAAGAAGCCCCGACUGGACUUGGAGGUGACGUCGCCUGGGGUGGGAAUCCAGGUGACGGUGACAAAAGGACACCUUUCCAGGACCUUUCGCCAGGCUGCCGUACUGGUGGCUGCUGUGACCAAGCUCCUAAAGCAGCCAUCACACAACGACUUUGCUGAUAGUGACCUUGGCAGCUUCUUCGAUGAUAUUUUCGAGCCUGUCUCUUUCCAGUGCAUCAAGGGCAGUUAUACCAGGGCACCCGUUUUCCGCUACACUCGCUCCCAGUCCUUCGACAUCCUGGAUAUUGACCACAAGUGCUUCGUACUGGAGUCACCCACCCAGCUGGUGGCCCUGCACCUGCAGGGGCCCUCUGCUGGACGGAAAGUGAAGCUCGACAUUGCUCUGUACCGUCCCCGGUCAUCGCAGCGUGGUCCAGGGUCUGGAAGGGUGCCGGUGGCGUUGGGUAUCAAGGGCUACCAGCUCUACAUGUCCUGUGUGAUGAGUGACACUAAGCCCGUGCUGCAGCUGGAGGAAGCUGACAUCAGGAGGGACAUUGAGAGUGUGGAGCUGACCCGCUUCAUCUUCUACCGCCUGGACAGCCCAGCUGAGGGGACCACCCGCUUCGAGUCGGCCGCCUUCCCCGGCUGGUUCAUUUGCACAUCCCUGCAGCCCCGCCAGCCUGUCGGUAUCACGAACACCCCAGACCAAGUGAACAUUGCUACCUAUGAGCUGAGUGGGCACUGAGGAUGCUGCAUCAACCCAACCGGCAGUCACCGGUUUUCAGGCUGUAUGUACUAAGUACAACCCCCUGGGACAUGACCCCCCCUCCCCACCUAUUUCAUGUGAAAUAGGAGCUCUGGGCCCCAUGGACUCGAGCCAUCCCAACCUUAUUUAUUUGUUUAUUUAUUUAUUUAAUGUGUCUGCCCAUUGCUUUGGUACUUAUUUAUUAUGCCCCCUUAUUUAUUUUUGCUUUUACCGUGUAUGCGUAUGGAGGUGGAAAUAAAAAGUUCUCUAGGAC